GCAAACUCGAGCAUCGAACCAUCAGUAAUGAUCUUAAUUAAGUUAAUAACACAUCAGUGAGACAAUGACAGUCCUCAGAGGACACAGAAGAUGACGUCAGCUCAGACAAACAUUAGAUCAGAUAACUUUUAUCAGCCAGACAAACAAACAAAAAAAAAAGGGGGCUGCGACACCAACAAACAUCCGCUAUCCAGCCUGAAGUCUCUCUCUCUAUAUAUAAUCCUAUUAAAUCAAUUAGCGCAACAAAGGCGCUGAUUGAUGUGAUCAGGAGACCAGCACAGGUCCAGAUUAAAACCCGUGACGUCACGCAGGCGAACAGCUGAGCGGCGGUCUAUUUCUCCUCGUGCGGCGCGCUGAGACGACAUACAUCUGUCCAGAGGUGGAGAGGAAGGAGGCCGACAGAGAGACAGACGGAGAGACACACAGGCAGAAGAAGAGGAGGAGGAAGAGGAGGAGGAAGAGGAGGAGGAGAGUAAAACCCGCUCAAGAGAUUAAGUGAGUCCACAUGUCCCGGCAGCAGGACUCCUGAUCUGUGUGAAAACCUCUGCAGGUGCAGGUGGAGGUGGAGCUGGUUGGAGGCUCAUUCUCUCUCACUCCUCUCGUCGCUGCGGACGGUCAGCGGGUCUCCGGACAAGAUGCCCGGAGACGGAUUCACGAUUAAAAGUCGCAUCAGGAAGCUGCUGCGGUCUCCUUCAGCCCGGCAGAAGAAGCACCGGAGGGAGGAUCUGAGCAACAAGGUGACUUUGGAGAAGGUGUUGGGAAUCACCGCUUCAGGAAACUGCGGUCUGGCCUGCGACCCCCGAUCAGGCCUGGUCGCCUAUCCUGCAGGGUGUGUGGUCGUCCUGCUGAACCCCAAGAAGAACAGACAGCACCACAUUAUCACCUCAAGGAAGACGAUCACAGCUCUGUCUUUCUCCCCUGAUGGCAAGUUUUUGGUCACAGGAGAGAGCGGUCACCUCCCGGCGGUGCGGCUGUGGGACGUGGCGGAACGACGACAGGUGGCCGAGCUCCAGUCGCACAAAUACGGCAUCUCCUGCGUGGCGUUCUCCCCCAACGGCAAAUACAUCGUCAGCGUGGGAAACCAGCACGACAUGAUGGUCAACGUCUGGGCGUGGAAGAAAGAUGUAGUCGUGGCGACCAACAAGGUGUCCAGCAAGGUGACGGGUGUGUCUUUCUCUGAGGACAGCUCCUACUUUGUGACCGUGGGGAACCGACACGUCAAGUUCUGGUACCUGGACCACUGCAAGGCCAGCAAGGCCAGCGCUCCCGUCCCUCUGCUCGGCCGCUCGGGGCUGCUGGGAGAGCUGAAAAACAACUUCUUCUGCGACGUGGCCUGUGGACGAGGCUCCGCGUCCGACUCCACCUUCUGCAUCACGUCCUCCGGCCUGCUGUGCGAGUUCAACAGCAAGAGGAUGCUGGACAAGUGGGUGGACCUACGGACGGGCGUGGCCCACUCUCUGUCUCUGUCGGAGGAUCUGGUCUUCUGCGGCUGCGCUGACGGGACCGUUCGAGCCUUCAGCCCCGUCGACCUGCACUUCGUCUGCACGCUGCCGCGGCCGCACGCCCUCGGCUCUGACGUGUCGGCCGUCACCGAGGCCAGCCACCUGUUUUGCGCCAAACCGGACGCCCGUUUCCCGGACGCCAUCGCCGUGACUUACGACCCGGUGAGCCGCUGGCUCUGCUGCGUCUAUAACGACCACAGUCUGUACGUGUGGGACGUGAGAGACGUCAGCCGGGUGGGGAAGGUGCACUCCGCCCUCUUCCACGCCGCCUGCGUCGGGGACUUGGAGAUGUUCCCAGAUGUUCCUGGGGAACUGGGUGCUGGUCUGUCAUCGGGGGCGUUCCUCAGCUGCUCGGCUGAUAACACCAUCAGACUGUGGCGCACGGACGGUUGGGCACAUUCUCAGAACAUCCUCAGCAGCGAUCUCCUGAAUAUAAUCUACAUGGAUGGGAACACGAGCACCCUGCUGGAUCCAGAAAGUACAACCAAUGCGAACGCGGACAAACCGGGAGACGGACAGACAGCAGAGAGCAGGACGGGCAUCAGGACCAUCUGCGUGAGUCCAGACGGCAAACACCUGGCGUCUGGAGAUCGCAACGGGAUGCUGAGGAUUCAUGACCUCGGCAGCAUGGAGGAGAUUCUCAAAGUGGAGGCCCACGAUGCCGAGAUCCUCUGCCUCGAGUACAGUCAACCAGAAACUGGUCUGAAGCUGCUGGCCACGGCGAGCAGGGACCGUCUGAUCCACGUCCUGGAUGCCGAGGACGACUACAGUCUGGUGCAGACGCUCGACGAGCACUCUUCAUCCAUAACAGCCGUCCGCUUCGCUGCCAAUGACAACCAGGUGAGGAUGAUCAGCUGCGGGGCGGACAAGAGCAUCUAUUUCCGCACUGCACACAAGACUGAGAGAGGAACCGGGUUCCGGCGUUCCCACCACAUGGUGAGCAAGACCACCCUGUACGACAUGAGUGUGGACCCCACCUGCAAGUACGCCGCUGUGGGCUGUCAGGACCGCUGCAUCAGGAUUUUCAACAUCAGCAGUGGCAAACAGAAGAAACUCUACAAGGGAUCCCUGAGUGAGGACGGCAGUCUGCUCAGGGUUCAGCUCGAUCCGUCGGGUCAGUACGUGGCCACCAGCUGCUCCGACAAAAACAUCAGCAUCUUUGACUUCUACACCGGGGAGUGUGUCGCCACUAUGUUUGGACACUCCGAGAUCGUCACUGGGAUCAAGUUCACCAACGACUGCAAGCAUUUGAUCUCUGUGUCCGGGGACAGCUGUAUCUUUGUGUGGCGACUGGCCCCGGAGCUGACGAUCAGCAUGAGGGCGAGGCUCUGCCAGCUCCGGCAGAACCCGAACGCACCGCCCUGCAAGACCUCCAGUCUCAGGCGAGAGAUACACAGCGCUCCCCUUCUGGGUGGUUUAUCCUCCGACAGUGACCGUGAGCCCGAGGAGGAGGAGGAGGAAGAGGAGGAGGACGGAGCGGAGAACGAAGACGCCAACGACCCAGAAGACAUUGCGACCAACACCUCCUCUGACAGCAGCCACGGAGAGGAGGACACAGGUGGCUCGGACGAAGGGCAGGACUGGGAGGAGCCGACGAAGCACGGAGUCGUCGGCCAGGUCACCCCCGACUCCUCCAGGCGCCCUCGCAGGCGCUGGUCCCAUCGUAUGGGCUCUCUGGAGGUGAUGGUCAAAUCCAUGAUGGACCUGAGGCAGCUUGAGUCCUUUGCCCACAAGAAGAACCCCAACUGCCCCCCUCACGACAGGGAGAGGCAGAGCACGUCCAGCCUCCAGGAGCCCCAGCCGCAGUCGGAGGAGAGAGCCAGGAGGCAUCGGCUGUCCUGGCUGUCCUCGCAGCCGUCCAAGGGCACGAGGGGGACUGAUGGAGCCGUGCUGUACCCCGAGGAGCCCGACGACGAGUCGAGUCUGCAGGGCAGUGAUUACAUGGUGGAGGAGCAGCGCUGCAGGGCGCAGGGGCGAGGGAUCCGCAGUGAGAGCCAGCAGAGCCAGCAGAGCCAGCAGAGCCAGCAGAGCCGCAGCCCGGACAGCGCUUGCUCUCUGGGCUACGACAGCAGGGAGUCCAGCCCGGAUCGUGUCCCGGAUGACUCUGUAGAUGUGGAUUCCCUCGGCCAGGACAGCUCUGACGAGGAGGAGGAGGAGGAGGAGGAGGAGGAGGAGGAAGAGGGGCGGGUGGUGCGAGUGACGAGUAUGGACGAAGCUCUGAGGACAGUGACCGGCGCCGCUGACCGCAGUCAAGAAGGUUUCCUGAAGCAGAACUUCGAGACGCUGGCAGAGAGCUGCAGCACCGCUGAGCAGAGCCGAGUCCCCAGGCUCAGUAUGUCUUCACGCUUCCUGGCCAGAGGACAUAAUAACAGGAGCUUCCCUUUGUUUGCCAAAGUGCACGGAAAGGAACAAGGCAGCCUCUCUCCGAAGCCCCCGGUGUCCAAAGUGCGGCCCAUGAUGGAGGACGGCACCGACGACAAGACCCCCGCGUCCCCUGACCGGAGCGAGGGGCCGAACAGGUCCGACGCUCCGGAGAAUGACAGCACUCCCACUCACAGACCUCUGAGGAAGAAGACCUCGGGGUCCCACCUGUGGAGGCUGUCCAACCCUCCGUCCAAAGCUUCGCCGCUGAUGGACAGAGCGACGUCUCUGCAGAGGACGUACUCAGCCCAGAACCUGACAUCAGACGCUCCUCACUCACCUGUGCCCUCUAGUGACCACAGCGAGUCGUGCAGGAGGCCUCAGCAGUUCUUCCUGGAUCACGACACAAUCGGGCCGUCCUUCCACUUCUCCUCCCCCUCCCCCGGCUCCCCGCGGUCUCCCCGGUCCCCCCUGCCCUGGGAGAGCCCCAAACUCAAGCCCCAGCACUCCUACAUGAACCCCACGGCCAGCUCCAUGGCCAAGAGCAGCCGCUCCUCCUCGCUGGGAGAGGGCAUCCAGAUUCGCACUCCGCCGGGCUCCCCCUCCUUCCCCAAGAGCAGGAGGUCUUGCGGGGAGCUCGAGGCGCCCCUGCUCGCGUCCUCUCCUGUCACCGCCUCAUCAGCGUCGCCCCUCUUAUCAGGUCGUCACCCACAUCCCACAGCUGCAGUUUCACCCACCGCUCUCACCCAGAACGUCCCACCCUCUCGCAUCCCGCUCCCCAAACAGCCUCUCAGCCCUCGCCGCAGCCUCUGCCUGGACAUGAGUCCGAGCGCGAGCUGGUCCGGGGGCUUGGCGAGGGCUUGUACUCCCACCGCAGACCCCGGAUGCGACGUCACACCUGCUCCAGGAAGUCAAGCCCGGGUCAGGCAGCCGUCUCUGAGCCCGGAUCAUUCUCUGCCAAGUUCACUACCGAUCAAGCAGAAGAGGAGCUCGGCGUCAGAGAGUGCCAAGGAGGCAGGACAGGUGGCUGCAGCCAAAGAGUGCCCUCUGGUGCCGGAACAGGCGGACUCACCGGGUUCUGACCCACAGCCAGAUCACUCCAUCACCUUGGAAACUUGCAGGCAGGCUGCUCGUGAGCUCCACACCAGUCUGAGGAAGACCGUCAUGCUCUACACGACGGUGCUACAAUCGGGACAGCAGCCCAGUGAAGAUCAGCAGGAAAUGAGGAGCAUCCUGUCCGAGACCCUCCUGACAGUCAAGGCUGAGCUGGACUCUCUGCCUCAGCCCGCCUCGCGGUGUGACGGGAUCCAGGUAGACCAGGAGGUCACAGGUGAAGGUGGGAAGGCUCUGGCCCUGCUGGAGCAGUACGCCGAGCUGCUGCUCAAGUCCGUGGAGAGGAGACUCGACACAAAGACCUGAGGAGGCGGACGGACGCUCGCUGACGCUAGCAGGAACUAGAAGCACUGUGAACUGCACAAUUGUUAUUUGCACAAAGAUCCUUCGAUUCACGGGCUGAAUGCAGAUCGUAUUCAGAGACGAUGAGAGAAAAGGAUUGUCGAGUUUCAUGCACUGAGAAAAGAAAGAUUGAAGAGGUUGCCUUAUUUUUCAAGCUGCCACAGCUCUUCUUUGUCUGUUUUUUCUACUUUUUAAAAAUCUUAAUUUUUAUAAACACGAGUAAUGAAUCACAGUUGUUAUAAAGGGAGACGCCAGAAGGACAAAAAAGAAAAAAACGAUGAGGUUACAGGAAGAGCGCAGGUAGUCAGAAGGGUCGAGAGCCCUCAGAAAAUCAAUUAAAAGACAGAAUAAACUAUUUGGCUGUUAUUUUUCUACUCAAUAUAAAAAAUGUAAACUUUGCUCUUUGGGUGACUGAGGACACAUUUUCAGUCCAUGAAGUAUCCAAAAAAAUAAAAGGGUUGAUCCUCCGGAGAACAACAACAUGGAAUUACAAAUAUUUUACAAGGUUUUUGAUCAAUUUAUUGAUUCUUUUCUUUUGAACAAUGAAAUCCAAACACAGUUCCAGACUGAAGUCUUGCACAGAUGUUGCUCCUGAGACCCUCCUGCACUGGUACAAACCCAGUUUUAGCCACUGCCUUGAGAUGGAAUAAGCAUGUUUGUAAGUGUGAGGUUUGAGGAAGUGCAGUGAAGACGUGAGGAUAGAAACGGUUAAAGUGACGAGGGAUCAGGAAGGUGUCAGCUGAUGGUGCUGGGAAGAUGUUUUGUUUGGUCUAACUCAUAUUUUUGUCCUGAUGGCGUCUCCCUGACUGCAGAGCACUGUAGCUGGACCACAGGAGGAGUGUUCAUCGCUUCAUGUAUUAUCAUAUCAUGUCUGUUCGUCUCUGUGUACGUUUGUUUUAAUUUUAUAUUUCUCUGAUUUUCUUUCUGUCGUACAGUUUCAAACUGCAGCACUGUUCUUCCCCAAGCUCUCAAAUAAACAAUGCAAACACUC